AGGUGCAGCAGCUGCAGAAACAAGUUGCAGUAAGCUUCCAUUUCCUCUGGGCAUGUGGGACUUGGAACACUGUGAUCCAAAAAAGUGUACAGGAAGAAAAUUGAGUCGGAUGGGCUUUGUAAAAACUUUGCGUCUAAAUCAGAGAUUCAAUGGGCUUAUCCUUUCUCCCGUGGGCACCAAGUGUGUGGCACCAGAAGACAGGUAAAAUAUGUGUACAUUUUUACACUGUGGCAAUAUUUUGAAUUUUGAAGUACUGGUAGUCAAUUAAUUUGGUACCAGUAUUAAAGGGAAUUCAUAAGGUUAAUGUCAUGUUGUUUAAAUAAUGAAUUUUUUUUAGGUCAAGUUAUUAUUUUCUUUUGAUACUUAAAAAAGAUAAUAUUUACACAUCAUUCUUCAUCCUUUUUUGUUGAAACAAUACAUAUCUGAUGUUUUGUAUAAGAAUAUUUUGUAAGCCCAUUAUAGGAGCAUAAAAUACUGUCUAUUCUUUUUGUCAUUGACAAUAUUUUUGUAAAACUUUAAAUAUAUUAAAAUUUAAGUGCUUUUAUAACCUAAUUAUCUUUUUGUCCAUUUAUUUUGGUUGAAUUUUGCUUAGCAGUCUUAAAUUUUAAUAUUAGAAAGGAAUACUGUACAAGUGGUUUAGCCUUGUAAUAAUUUUACUGUAUUGCUUUUUGUUUGUUUCAUGGCAUACAUAUUUUAUCUCUUUUUAUCUCAUAGACCUCAUUUAAGAAAUUAAUCUUUUUAUUAACACAUGAAAAUAUUCCUUUGGUUAAUUGUCUGUAGGUCAAUUAUUGAAGAGUGUGGAAUGGCUGUGGUCGAUUGUAGCUGGGCUAAGCUCCAAGAAACACCAUUUGCUAGAAUGAAAGGUGACCAUGCUCGUCUUCUGCCAUAUCUUAUCGCAACCAAUCCCAUCAAUUAUGGCAGACCUUGUAAACUUUCAUGUGUGGAAGCUUUUGCUGCAACUCUUUACAUUACAGGUAAAACCUACUAGACAUUAAUCACAAUUUUUAAAUAUUUUAAUUGAAAUAGAUAACUGUCAAUGUGUUUCAGUUCCAUGUUUGUAAGAGCAAAAACUGCCCAAAAAAUAAUAAAUGUGUCAGUUUUAAGUUACUUCGGUAAAAUAAUUUUUUACAAAAAUUGGUUUGCAUUGAUAAUAUUAAGAGAUUUAAGUUAAAGAAGCAUCAGUUCAUACUUUACUUUUGAUAAAUCUUUUUUUGUUUGUUUGUUGAUGAUUAGAGAAAGCACACUAAGUUCAACUGUAGUCCUGUGUGAUUGUGUAUUAGAACUUUGUGUGCUUAUAUCAUUGAUUCUAUUGAUUAUAAAAAAAAAGGGAAGCACUAGAAGAUCCAAAGAUUGUUUUAUAUAACCCUCUUUUAUGAUUAGGUGCUGUGAUUUUUGUAGUGGCUCGUAAUUUUUCAAUUAUUAUAGUGGUUAUAUAGUUGGUAGCAAUAUUAUUAUCAUUUGUUUUAGUGUUUAAAUUUACUGGUAAUCUAGUUUCUUUCACUGGAGUUAUGAAUGCAAUUGUAUAAGAUCAUUUCUACAUCUAUAUAAAUGCUACUAUAUAUUUUUAAAUUUGAGAACAUUUGUUGUGGAACAAGAGUUUAUAUGCAUAGUAUCUUGGACAGGAUGAAGAUAUUGUUUCUUAAGCAGACUGUUUACUCUUGCAAUUUUGGCAUAUAAUGUACGAUUUUGAGAUGUCUUAUACAACUUUACAGUGAGACCUGUCAAACUAUGAUUUUCGAAACUAGGUUUUAAAAAAAAUAUAUUCAAAUGGAUUUUACAAUUUAAAAAAAUCCAUAAAAUAAUCUUUUUGGUUUUUAGUUUUAGCUUCUUUCUACACCCAGAGGGGAAUGGACAAAGAAAUAUAAUGGGCUGGGGACCAUCCAUAAUUUAUAUCACAUUAACAGGGAAAGGGGGUAGUAUUGACUUUGAAGCAUCCAGGUAUGCGUGGUAGAAGUAGUUAUCUAAUUAUUUUUAAAGGCUAUAAAAUAACACCACCAUGUUCAUCAUAUUGUUUCUUUGUGUUUUCACAAUGAAGUUGCUAGAUACCGCAACAGUAAUAUUUAGCGUAUUCACCCUCGGGACACAUUUAGUAAACUUUCACUUUUGUUUGCUUCUGUGUUUUAAUUUUGUGAUAUAAUUAUUUCGUUCUUCAUCUGAACGGCAUUGAGUGCAAAAAAGGAGCAACUACAUUUUUAAAAGCAAAUGCAUUCUCAACUGCUGUGCAGAGCAGCGUUAGAUUAUGACAUAAUUUUUUAAAUAUCUUUAAGAAUAAAUUAUAAAACAUUUUUUCCAUUUAAUUAGUAACUACUAAAAUAAAAAGUAUUUUUAUAAACACAGCAAGGUAAGGUAACCUAAUUUCCCACAAGUAUUACAAUUAAGUGUAAAAUGAUGUAAAUCUAACUUCAGGUUUACCCGAAAAUGCAUCCCUGUGUUUUUAAUUUAUAAAAAAAUGUCUGGGGACAGGACUCUGGCUCCUUCUCUAAACCACCCUCACUUUUGCUCGGGUGACUUCAGUGGAUGUCCUCAAUGUCCAACCCCCCACCACAUCUUUGUGUGUCAAAGUGGCAAAUAACGGGCACCUUUUUAUGUGCAAUUAUGCACUGUAUAUAAAUAUUGUCAUCUACUCUGAGAAUUGACUUUUAUUAGAAACGGGAUGCCAAUAGUUAUUGUAUACAUUAUACUGCAUGCUUAUUUACUAUUACAAUAUGGUAUUGUACAAUUUUGAGAUGGUAAAGUACUAUUCUGAAACCAUAUAUGACUAUUUUGGGAGUUCCAGUGUAACCAGGUCUGCAUAAGUUGUGAUAAUUUGAGGCUUGAUUUGUGUGUUUUGUUUAGGUUUCAGUGAACAUGCAGAGAAACUUCUGUCUAAAUUCAAAUGGGGUCCAACAUUCUAUUCUGUGAAUUCUGAACUUCUUGAAAGUUAUGCUGCUUGCUCUACAAGUACAGAAGUUAUUACAGUGCAGGAGAAAAUUUUGGCUAGGCAGCGUGAGGACAGUAAGGAGGACAAAUUAAAGGGUAAGGAAAAUAUACAGUAUGUUUUAUUUGAGUAUGGGUCAUCAAUCGGAUAACUGUAGCCCAUACAAAUAAAAGAUUGCUUUGUUAAGUAGUAUUAUUAUAUGCUAACUAUACUGCGUAAAAUAAAUGAUUUUAAUGUUUCCAUAAAUUUAUAUUUAAUGAAAUUGUUAAAAAAUAACUGAUUACCUUAAAUAUGAUUAAGAAAGAAAAUUAAUGUCUUUAAAAAAAUAAUUAACUUUGCUUUAAAAGGUUUCAUGCCAUUUUUUUGUGGUGAAUAAAAACACACCAUUUUCUUUUCCUCACUUUGAUAAUUCCAUUGAAUCAAAUUAUUUAAAAGUUACGAUAUUUUGUUUUAAAUUCAUGUAUUUAAUUAAAAUAAACUCUAUGCAUAAUUAAAUUUUAAAAAAAUUGGUAAUUAAUUUAACAUAAUCUAAUAAUUAAAAAAUGUCUAUUUCAUCCAAUCAAAACCAAUGGCAAUAUUAAUAUUAGUAACAAAUAUCCAUCAUACCGCAAUGGUGUGUUUUUUAAAUUAUUUUCUCAACUGAUAACUUUUGUAAGACAUAAAUUAGGUUAUAUACAGUAUCUAAAUGUAAUUCAUAUAUUUCUUUCCUUUUAACUUUCUAUAGAAAUAAAAAUGAAUAACUUUAUCUUAUUUGGUGUUUAAAAAAAAAAAAAAACUGCUUAGAAGAAAGUCAUGUAAUGGGGCAAUUAUAAUUUUCCAUUGAAAUAAAAUUUUUUUUUAAUUUUUCAUUUUAGAUUUGUCAACCAUUUAAAACAUAAAUUAAGUUAUAUACAGUAUCUAAAUGUAAUUCAUAUAUUUCUUUCCUUUUAACUUUCUAUAAAAAAAAAAAUGAAUAACUUUAUCUUAUUUGGUGUUUAAAAAAAAAAAAAAACUGCUUAGAAGAAAGUCAUGUAAUGGGGCAAUUAUAAUUUUCCAUUGAAAUAAAAUUUUUUGUUAAUUGUUCAUUUUAGAUUGGUCAACCAUUAACCCUGAUUUGGAUAUGUGCAAUCCUAAUCGCUCCUUAAACCUACCACCAUUAUCAAGGUAAUGACUAUUAGAGUUUUUUUUCUCUGCUCUUCAUCUUAAGCACACCUCUCAAAAAAUGAGUGGUUUUUUAAAUUUUUUAUGUAAAUACUGUCUCUUAUAAUAUAAGCAAUUAGAAAAAAAAAAUAUACAUGAAUUUCACUUUUUAAAAUUACAUGUCAUUUUUAUGAUAUAACAAGGUUUGCGACUAUUCAUUUCCUGGUACCAGAAGUGAGAUGUUGGGAUAAUUGAAUGGUAUAUAUGUUUGUAACUUACUUCUUCAGUUUAACUAAAAUAAACGACCACAAAUGACAUCCGAAUAGUAUGAGUCUAAUGGGACUCGGGUACGAAUGGCGGUGAUGCGUGUCCGGGUCCAUUUUGACUAAAUGCUAUUCGGAUGUCAUUUGUGGAAGUUUAUUUUAGGUAAACUGAAAAAUUAAGUUUACAAACAUAUAAUCCAUUCAAUUAUCUUUCAUUUGAUACCUCAUUUUGUCUUACAAACCCAACAAUAAUAUUUUAAAUAGUUUUUUAAUCCCAACCGCUCACUUCUUGUACCUGUCGUUAUAACAAAUACAUGUGGGAUAUUGUAACCUCUUUGGUUAAUAAGUUUAAAUUAGGUAGGAAUUAGAUGAAUUUUACAUUUAAAAAAAAGAAACCUGAACUAACAUAAACUUUAUUCACCUGUGUACCGGUACAUAUUUUACAAAGGACAAAGAAUAUUGUUAUUUUAUCUGGGCAAAUCUACUGUCACAAUUUUGUUAUAUCUUAGGUUUUUUUUUUAGCAUUAUUUCCAUUGAUACAUCCAUAUCUCUUUAUUCUCUUAGCUCUGAAGAGGAGGAUGAUGACUCUGAGGAUAUUGACAGAAGUGACAAUGAUGAUGGUGAUGUGAAUGAAGACACUGAUGACUCCCAGAAAGAAACCGAAGAUGAAGAGGAGGAAAUUUCACAAGAUAAACACAAGCAUUUUCAAGACCCUGAAGCAAAUAUCGAAGAAAAGAAUCCAGAUACUAGUAACGCAAGUAAAGACAUUGUCAACCCUACUGGGGACUUUGGUCAUCUUACUGAGAAAAAUGUGAUCGGACUUAUUGAACGGACGGAUCAGUUACACUUGGAUAAAUCUUAAUAUUAUGAUAUUUUGGUUUCUGAAAAAAUUCUGUGGUUGUAAGCCUGGCUUCAGAGCUUCAUGUUGAAAAUGAAAGGUCCAGGAUUCAAUCAAGGAUUUCCAACGCAUGAUAGCUAUUCUGAAUCAAAGGUCUGACACUAACAAAAUGCCUUCAACUAAUUGCAAAACAGUUGGGCUGAAUCCUAACAAUGUCAGAGUUCAAGUAAAGACUUGGACUUAAUCUCACAAGCUGCAUCACUUUUAACAGUCACACAACACCAGGAAUCCACCCAGUUUACUUUAUAAUCACAUGAGGCUAAGAGACUUGGUAAUACGUUCAGACUGAUUUUGUUCCUUGACUUUUCUUGCUUUUUAAUAAACUAUAAUUGAUUAGUUGUUAUGAAUGAGAAUAUGAAUUAAUAAUUGUCCAAAUAUGUUUUUGAUUUGUAAAGGUUUUAGUUUUUAAUGAUGCAAAGACUUUUUGUGGAUAAUGUGGUUACAUUUGGGUUUCAUUGGAUUUCUUACAUGUUUGAUAUUGAUUGACAUAAAAAGAUGUUACUUUAAAGAGUGCUUUUCGUUUCUCAUUUUCUCUUAUUUCAUCUUAAAUUAUAAGAGUCACUGAAAAUUAUCAUUUAGCUGUACAUUUCGUAUCAGUCACUGUUACAUUAUUUAUACAAUUUGGGAAAUAAUUGUAUUUAAAACUAGUAAAUCGAAAACACUUUCCAAAAACUUUAUUUUAAAGAAGUAGAUAUUUACACAUACACAUCUAAUAUCAAUUAUCAUUUCAAGAGAUUUUAGUAAACAUUGUAUUCUACUACUUUCAUUUUCUGUUUACAGACUAAUUCAGUGGUUUACAAACUGUAUACUAAGUUACAUAUUUUUAAAAAAGUGUGUGUCCCCCCUCUGAUAAAGACACAUAAAUAAUGGUCACUUACAUUAAAAUUAGUUUUCUCAUUCCAGCAACCACCCUCUGAUUCUCACUGCAGCAACCACCCUUUGAAUGAUGCUACCCACAUUACACACACACACCCACCCAUGGGCGCCCGCAGAAAACCUUCUAGG